UCCUUUUCAUCAUAUGACGAGGGUUUCUGCGCCAGCCAUCUUGACUUUACUUUGGCUGUGGUCUGUCUGGAAUAAACCGUCUGGGAUAUAAGUGAUCCACGAUCACUCAAAAAAUUUCUUUUACGGAUACACCAAAUUCAAUAAUAACACAUAAUCAACCAAUAUGGAUGCCGAAAGCCCGGUCUAUUCUCCUUUCUUCGGAGUGAUGGGAAGUGCCGCAGCUAUGAUUUUUAGCGCGCUAGGUGCAGCGUACGGGACUGCGAGGUCUGGGACUGGUAUAGCAGCCAUGUCUAUAAUGAGGCCAGAGCUGAUUAUGAAGUCUAUUAUUCCCGUUGUCAUGGCAGGUAUCAUAGCCAUUUAUGGACUGGUUGUUGCUGUUUUAAUAGCAAACAACAUUUCUUCUUCUAAAAGUGGAUAUAAUUUAUAUAAGGGCUUUUUACAUUUUGGAGCUGGAUUAAGUGUAGGUUUGUCAGGUCUCGCCGCUGGAUUCGCCAUCGGCAUAGUGGGAGAUGCUGGUGUAAGAGGGACGGCCCAACAGCCCAGACUCUUUGUCGGAAUGAUUUUAAUCCUUAUCUUUGCUGAAGUACUUGGAUUGUAUGGGCUCAUUGUUGCCCUUAUACUUACCACAAAACUCUAAAUUGUGAAACAAAGGUAUAUACAUGGGCAGAUUCAUUAGCCAAACAGUGGUUAUUUAUAUUGACUGCACAUGAGUUUCAGCUAAGAGUUUUCUUUUGUUCUUCAUAUUUUUUGCCUGAAAAUCCUAAAUGGGGUGCUAUCUUCCUUGAAAUAAAUGAUGUAUGUUAAAAAUAUAAUGUGUUUUUUCAGAACCAUUAUUAAAUUUCUGUAUGAAUUACAUUUCAAGUGUUAUAGAAAUCAUUUUAGGAACUACAAUUCCUUGUAGUAUCAACAUUACUGUAUCUAGUUUUGUCAUUUUUUAAUUUCGAGAGAGAUGGUACCCCUGCCUACUUGGAUGUCUCAUAGCCCUUCAUGAUGUUGGAUUUGUCUGCCCUUGUGAAAUUACCUCAUUUUUUUCAAUCCCAGUAUGUUGUACGAUGUUGUAAUGUGGCUUAAAAUUCAGAUAAGAGUGUCCUUGCACAUUCUAAAUGUUUAAAAGUGAUUGUCUGUUUAAGUUAUAUGCAUGUAAUAGAUGUGAAUGGAAAUAUUUUUUUCUGAAGUUUAUUGAAUAGAAUGGCAAAA